AUGUAUACUCUUGAUAUUAGAGUUUGUACUAGUCAGUUCAUUCAUUGUUUUGCUCGAGCCACUCACACGGCAGGAAGUUUUUUUAUCACCUUUGUAUAUGGCUUUAAUGAUGUGAAAUUGAGGGAUCAACUAUGGCUGGAUAUUCAGGAGUUAGCUUUGAAGAUUGAUGAGGCUUGGAUGAUAUUGGCAGAUUACAAUGAGAUCUUGCAUCAGAAUGAAAGAGUUGGCAAGAAGACUAUUAUGAAACCUUCUCUGAGCCUUCGAGAUUGCAUGAUCACUUGUCAAAUGGAAGACUUGAAAUAUUCAGGGUGUUUUUAUACAUGGACAAACAAGCAAAGGUCUGAGGAUCGAGUCUAUUCUAAAAUCGACAGGGCUAUGGUUAACUUGAAAUGGACAGAUCAAUACCCGAACUCUGAAGCAGUUUUUCUACCUGAAGAUACAUUUGAUCACCGUCCCAUUCUUGUUUCAUUUUAUUUGGUUGUGACUACUGGUAAGCAACCGUUCAGGUACUUCAGAAUGUGGAAGGAAGCUUCAUCAUAUGCAACUAAAGUUAGCAUUAACUGGAAUAUAUUAGCUUCGGGUUCUGAGAUGUAUAAAUUAGUCCUGAAGUUAAAGAGACUUAAACAGAUUUUCAGGGAAAUAAAUAGAGAAGUAUAUCAUGACAUUCAAAAGGCUGAAGCUCAAGCAAAGCAUUGCCUGCUGGAAAUUCAAGAAAGCUUGCACCAAGAUCCCCUCAAUGAGUCUUUAAUUCGACAGGAGAUAUUGGCUAGGGAAGAAUUUACUCGAUUAAAUAGAGCAUAUUUGUUAUUUUUAGCACCAAAAGCAAAAGCCAGCUGGGUGAUGAAUGGUGAUGAAAAUACUGCUAUUUUUCAUGCCUCAUUGAAAGCUAGAAGGAUUCAGAAUCGCAUUUUCUCUAUACACACUGAAGAUGGUAACUAG